AUGCCGUCGGCCGAGCGCUCCCACACGCGCCCGCUGGACCUAGAGGAUCUGGAGUUUGAUGCCGCACCACUGUUCGUCAUCAGAGCGGGUGAGAUAGCUCUGGGCUUCGAGUUUGUCUUCUGCAAUGAAGCGUUUCGCAGACUCCCUCUCCGCAACUCUAUCCUAGCCGAGGAUAGAGCAUCACUCCUGUUCCGCUCAUGGGCACAGGCUCUUGGUGAAUACAAACCUCAAUGUGAAUUUGGCGGUCAUGUUUGGACUGCGGAAUUGGCAGGGAGAAAUGGCGGCUUCAAGAUAGUGAGAGCGACAGGAUCCGACGCGCAGCAGCAAGAAGCGCCUUCGUUGGAGGAAGAAGCAGACGAUGACGAUCAUCUCACUAUCCGUCCAACGCCAGUCUUCACACGAUCAAAAGCACAGCUCAUCAAUGACCUCAAGCACGAUAGAUCAAUAUCGCUCAAGAAUAUUCCGUACACGAACCUUCAUGCCAGGUGGGAAAGUAUCCAGACUAUGAUGGAGAUGAGCGAUGUUGGAGUGUUUGAGUACAACGCAGAGGGAAAGCUUUUGCAUGCCAAUGAAGCAUGGUAUAAAUUGAGCUCCCAACCCAGAAACGUCAAUCCUGACGAGUUCUCGUUCAUGGAUCUUGUCUACCCCGAUGACCAAGCACUUGUAAUGUCCAUGUGGAACAAACUUUCGCAGGGAAAAUCCGUUACGUUUGAGAUGCGAUGGAAGGCACGCCCAGGAACCAAAGGCGCCGCGCAAUGGGUACUUUCAGCUUGUGUUCCGGUCUUCGAUGAUGACAAGAAAUUGAUCGGUGUUGCCGGUAAUACCGUAGACAUCAACGCACAAAAGAAGUCGCAAGAGGCGGCACAAGCACAGGUCGAAGCACUCGAACAAGCGCGGCUGGCGGAAAGGAAAUUUGCGCGCUUUGCCCAAGUAUCCCCUACCGCUAUAUAUGUAUACAUACCUGAGAGUGGCAUGAACUUCGUCAAUGACCAUUUCUUCGAGCUCACUGGCCAUCCACAUGGUCCAGUCAGCCAGUACGACUGGUUCGACCUCAUCGCUAAGGAAGAUGUCGAAAAAGUCAAGAAAGAUUGGGAGAACAUGCUCACGAGCGGUAAAGCCAAAGGAAUACAAUUUCGUUUGAACAAGACUUGGAUCAAUCAAGAUGGUAUUCGCUCGAAUAUAUGGGUGCAAAGUUCAAGUUGCCCAGAGCUGGACGAGAACGGCCAAGUCAUAAGCAUCAUGGGGACGCUAUUCGAUAUCUCGCAGUUCAAGUGGGCUGAAAGCGUUCAGCGGCGCCGCAUCGACGAAGCGCUGGAAGCAAAACGACAACAAGAAAAACGCCAAAUCAUAGCAUCGAAAGAUCCGUCCGAGAUAUCCAAGGCAGAAGCAGAAGUUCAGAGCUGCAUUGAAUCGCUGCUGAUCAUAGUGUCAUGUUCAAUGCACCAAAAACGCGUCAUUGACGACGUGCUCACCCUGUCGAAACUUGAUUCUAACUUGAUCUUGAUCACGCCAAUGCGCGUGCAGCCCGCGGUGGUCGUGUCGGAUGCGGUGCGCAUGUUCGACGUCGAGUGCAACCAGGCGGGCAUCAAGCUCGUUUUCCUCAUUGAUGAGACUUUCAAUGGCAUGGAUUGGACGAUGCUUGACCCCUCACGCCUCUUGCAAGUCCUCAUCAAUCUACUAACCAACGCCAUUAAAUUCACCAAAGACCGCCCUCAAAAAGCCAUCACCGUCACUAUCGGUGGCUCCUGGACCCGUCCACCUAAGUGCUGGAACGAGAUAACCUUCACCGACGAUGAGAAGCCCAAGACAGACAUCACCGACAAAGCCGAAUGGGGCGAAGGCAAAAUAGCAUUCCUCUGGCUGAAGGUUAAAGACACCGGCUGUGGUAUGACCACAGACGAACAAAAGAAACUCUUCUCCCGAUUCUCGCAAGCAACACCACGCACGCACGUUAAAUACGGCGGUUCAGGCCUCGGUCUUUUCAUUUCCAAGUCGCUUACGAAGCUACAAGGAGGUGCCAUCGGCGUCCACUCCGAGAAAGAGCAAGGCUCAACAUUCGCUUUCUUCAUCAGCACGCGCCUCGCGCACCCACCAGCCGACCAAGUCUCCGCGCGCGCCGUGCAAGCUAGGCCCGUCCCUCGUCGUACCAUGACAGGCGAAGAAGCCAUGCAAUCCAUCAGACUGAACGUGCUCAUCGUAGAAGACAACCUCGUCAACCAAAAGGUCCUUAGGAAGCAACUACAGAAGUUCGGCUGGAACAUCAGCGUAGCAGGUAACGGCCAAGAAGCGUUGGAAUGGCUCAAAGACAGCGUAUACUGGCGCAACGAGGAAGACAGUUCCAAGCCGGACAAGAAACACGACCUCGACAUCAUCCUCAUGGACAUAGAAAUGCCCAUCAUGGACGGCCUGACUUGCGCCCGCCUUAUCCGCGACUAUGAACACCAGGGUUUGCUCGCGGCGCCACCAACGCCGGGAGUACCAUCGUCGGGGCGGGCUUGUCAUAAAAAGACCUCAUCUACGUCUUCGGCGUCGCAUGAGCGGCCGGAUAAGCAAUCGCUCCGUUUGCCUAUUCUGGCUGUGAGCGCGAAUGCGCGUAUGGAGCAGAUUGAACAGUCGCUGGCGUCGGGGAUGGACGAUGCGAUUUCGAAACCUUUUCGUAUUCCGGAGCUUUGGCCGAAGAUUAGGGGGUUGGUUGGGAGAGUUGCGGAUGCGGAUACGAAGGCUAGGUCGUGA